AUGAUGAACGACACAGCAGUCGAGACACAACCCUCCGCGGGGGGCUCGGUUCCUCAGAAGCGUCCCAGAGAUGUCAAGGAUGAAGAUCAGACAAACACAAGCGAACCAUCUUCAAAACGAGCAAAUGUUGCAGCGCCGGUGGUCGCAGCUGUAACUCCAGCGACAGUCCUAGUGGCGGUCUCAGCUGCAGUAUUACCAGCAGUUCUAGUGGCAGCACCAGCACCAGCACCAGCGACAACCCCAGCACCAGCAACCAAUCCCUCAGCAGUAGCAAUAGCAACACCACUCACUCCCGCCUCAACGGCACCUCAACCAGCAACAGCAGCAGCACCGGCUUCCCCGCAAACGACUCCCGCACGGAGAACUGCUCCGCCAGGUGUCAUUAUCGACAAGGACUACUUCUUUCCAGACGGAAAUUGGGUCUUCCGUGUAGCCAACACUCUGUUCAAGCUCCCCCGCUUCCUUCUGAUGAGAGGGUCCCCCAAGCUUCAUACAGCCAACAUGUUCAACCUCUCGCCAGGAAGAACUCUCGAAAGUAUUACAGAAUCGGAUAUCCUCGUUGUGAACGAAAGUUUAGAGGACUUUAGAGCCCUCUGUUGGGGAUUGACGGCGACGAAGUGCUCAAUCAAUGGCCUCAAACGCCUCAUCAUCCUCUACCAGAAGAAACCCACGGACCAGCUCCUUGGCCUCGUCUAUUGCGAAUGGACAAGCCGACUCAAAGCUAAUUCCACGCUUUCGACCAAGGAAGCACUCGACUUCGCCGAGUCUCUCAAACUACAACGAUUCCAAGGCCAAAUCUACUACGCAGAAUUAACCCGCACGAAAGUCAACCAGAAACUCGGCUCUACCGCCCAUGUUAUGCCCCCGAACAAUUUCAACGACAAGCAGAUGCUCUGCUUCUACCGGGGCUUCUGGUCUCUCUCUCAUUACUGGGCGGGUAUCAGGACGCCACCGGAACGCGAGAAGCAUAGCGAUUAUUGUGCGAGGGCUUGGGAAAGUAUGUGGGACUCUCCCAGCGAGGAUGGGGGACCGAUUUUCCACCGUUGGGGGAGCUCGCAGAGCUUAGCAGAGCGUUUGCUGACAUACCGGCGAGUGCAAGAGCGUCACGGUCAUGCCAUUGUGCGUACAAGCAAUAUGCGAAGGGGUUGCGAGAAGAUUUACUUCAAUCUCUUGCCGAUCACUUCGUCAGUCAAGACUGAAUGUUGA